UACAGGGUAGACCGAGAAACACAGCACCUGUCUGCUCCCAUCCCUUGAGCGCACUGAGACGGGGACUGGGGUGAGGGGAGGCGGGGGCGGAAGAGCCCUUCACCGAAAGAAGGCUUGGGACGUCUCGAUUCAGGAACCAGAGAAAGAACUUUUGAAGGUUUUGAGCUGGGAAAACCUGGAAUCUGAUUUGCACUUGCCGUUAUGCCCAAGUAAAAACAACAAAAACAGGACCAGGCUGAAGCUACGGUUAGGGCAUCCUGCCCCCCACCCCACCCCAAGGUGAGCCCAAGCCUCUAGGGCCCUCUGUGGACCGCAGCUUGAAGGGCUGAAGUUGCCUCUGUCUGAAGGUCCCCGUCCCCAAUGCCUGUGUGUGGGGCUUUGUGGCCACCGACUCAGAAGUGCCGGGCUGGCUGACACCCAGUCCUCUUGGAGAAAGGGCGUUUUAGCUGAAGUCAUUUAUUUUUCUCAGAUUAUUUUAGCUAAUGUUGCUCAAUGGUGGCCCGAGGUGAGAGGACUGGCUGCUUUGGUGGCAGAGCAGGGGAGAUGCCUGCGUUGGGGUCGUCUGCAUCCCAGAGUUUGCUGGGACCAAGGAUGGGGCCUACAUUCUAAGAUCCAGAUGUGGGCCAGCAAGAAGACAGAGCCAGCAAGGAAUCACCUGGAUCCUGCCUGAGAGAGCCAGCUGCAUGGCCAGAGCAUUCUCCCGUUACGGUCGCCUUUGCUGCCCCACUUGCAGAACUCUGGUGUGACACAGGCCAGGGCAGCUGCUGGACGCACAGAGGUCACCGUGAGGAGGGAAAGCCUGCCGAACUCACUCGGACACAGUUUUCUAGCAGGGAAAGCUAGAUUAAAGAGUGUGCACAGCUUUAAGGCUCCUGAUCCAUGUUGCCAAGUCUGCUCUCCAGAGAGGCGGGGCCAGUUUACAUUCCAACCAGCAGCCCAUGAGAGUAUGCGCUUCACUGCACCCGCACCCAGCCUUAGGCCUGGGAUAUCCACUACUAACUGCCCAGGAAGGCUCCUUCUUGUGCACAGGUGCUGCCCAGGUCUUCCAGACCUAUGAUGGAGGAGGAAGCGGGGGAGACACCCGGGCUCCACAGGUCUACUGCCCCCCAUAACUUCCACUUUUAUCACAUGGAUCUGUAUGACUCUGAAGACAGACUGCAAAUCUUCCCAGAAGAAAACACUCGGAUGAGAAGAGAAGUUGUCCAAGCUGAAAUAACCAGUGAGCCAAGAGGGGCAGUGAAAGGUAAAACUCAAAGAGACCUCGAAGAGGAAGUGGACGAACUUGUCCAUUUAUACGGACUUGAAGAUGAUCAUGAACUGGGGGAUGAGUUUGUUGAUGAAACCACGCCCAGAAUAGAGGUUUCAGAAUAUCCUCCUUAUGGGAUGACGAGGAGAGAACCAGCCAGGGAGCAGAGAGACUGGAGACUUAGUGCAGAGGCAGCUGAGACCCAGGACCUGGGCUUCGGAGGGUGGGGCUCAGCAGGCCAGUGCCAGGACUUGCGAGAAGCCUAUAGGUACACACACGGCCGUGCCAGUGAGGAGUAUGAAUGCUACGUCAUCCCAGAGGAGGAGGACGAGGAAGAAGCUGCCGACGUCUUCUGUGUCACUUGCAAAACUCCAAUAAGAGCAUUGGAGAAGGUUUUUGAUGAACACAAAGAACAUGAGGUGACCCCACUCAAUAAAGCCCUGGAGAGCGCCAAGGAUGAAAUUCACAAAAAUAUGUACAAAUUGGAAAAGCAGAUUAUCGAGAUGGAAAAUUUUGCAAGUCACUUAGAAGAGGUUUUCAUCACUGUGGAGGAAAAUUUUGGAAGACAAGAACAAAACUUCGAGUCACAUUACAAUGAGAUCUUGGAAACACUUGCUCAGAAAUAUGAAGAAAAAAUACAAGUUCUAGGGGAGAAGAAGAAAGAGAAGUUAGAAGCCUUAUAUGGACAACUGGUCAGCUGUGGAGAAAACCUGGACACCUGUAAAGAACUGAUGGAAACCAUAGAGGAGAUGUGUCAUGAAGAGAAGGUCGAUUUCAUAAAGGAUGCUGUGGCUAUGGCUGACAGACUUGGAAAAUUCCUGAAAACAGAAACAGACGUGGAGAUCUCGGCGCAGCCUGACUUUGAAGACCAGACCUUGGACUUCUCGGACGUGGAGCAGCUGAUGGGCGCCAUUAACACCAUCCCAGCUCCUUCUGCUCCAGUGAUAAACCCACAGGCCCCCAACUCGGCCACGGGCUCCUCGGUCCGGGUGUGCUGGAGCUUGUACUCUGACGACACCGUGGAGAGCUAUCAGCUAUCCUACCGGCCAGUGCAGGAUGGCUCGCCUGGGAAGGACCACACAGAGUUUACAAUGACCGUCAAAGAAACAUAUUGCUCAGUGACAAACCUUGUGCCAAAUACCCAGUAUGAAUUCUGGGUCACAGCUCAGAACAGGACUGGCCUCAGCCCUGCCAGUGAGCGCGCAGUGUACAUGACAGCGCCUUCUCCUCCCGUUAUCAAAAGCAAAGAGAUAAGGAGCUGCGAAGAGGCUGCGCUGAUUUGCUGGGAGUCCGGGAACCUCAAUCCUGUGGACUCGUACACGGUGGAGCUGACCCAGGCGGAAACGCCGGAGGCCUCGGGCGUAACUGAGUCUGUGGUGGGCAUCCCGACCUGCGAGGCCCUGGUGCAGCUGCAGCCCCGGCAGAGCUACACAAUCUACGUGCGCGCCCUCAACGUGGGGGGCCCCAGCGCGAGGAGCCAGCCUGCCACGGUCCACACCACAGGCAGCUACUUCCACCUCAACGAGCAGACCUGUCACCCCUGGCUGACCAUUUCUGAGGAUGGGCUCACGGUUGUACGAAGCGAAAGGAAAACCUCCGCCGGGGAGCUGCCCGCCAGCAACACCCGGUUUACGAGGUGUGUUGCUGUCUUGGGAAACCUAAUUCCAGUCCGAGGGCGCCACUACUGGGAGGUGGAGGUGGAUGAGCGUUUGGACUACACGGUGGGUGUGGCCUUUGAAGAUGUCCCUAAACAGGAGGACCUGGGAGCAGACAGCCUCUCCUGGUGCCUGAGGCACACGUUUGCGUCAUCAAGGCACAAGUAUGAAUUUCUACACAACAAGACGACUCCAGAUAUAAGAAUAACGGUUUCCCCAAGGAAGAUUGGCAUUCUGUUAGACUAUGAAAAUUCAAAAUUGUCAUUUUUCAACAUGGACAUUUCUCAGCAUCUAUACACAUUCAGUUGUCAAUUUCACCAAUUUGUGCAUCCCUGUUUUUCUUUGGAAAAGCCCGGAUGUCUAAAGAUACAUAAUGGCAUUUCAAUGCCCAAGCAUGUCACCUUCUAUUAGACCCUUCCAAUGGCCAGCUUCCUGUCUCUCUUCUGUACCAACCCCUCUCCCAGCCACUCAAGCCUCAGCUGGUUGAACUUGGCAUUCAAGCACCAAGCACCCAGCACAAUUUAUGGCUCACAUGAUUAUCUGGCAGCCUGGUGUGCUGGUGCUCAUUUCACCUGACCUGGAUCCUAGUCCUGUGCGCUGCCACCUGUGUAAUGCUACGCUAGUCAUUACCAGGCCUGGCUGUAAAAUGAAGGCUCAGACUAUAUGAUCUCGAAGGUCUUUCAAGUCAUCAAAUUAUAUUAGUGUAUUUGUGUAUAUGCAAAGUAUCUGAGUCUUCAAGGCCCACAGAGCUUGGGGAGGGGGAGGGAAGAGAUGCAUAAGUGUUAGUGGCUCUAGCAGCCCCAGUGACAUUUCAUUAGUCAGCCAAAAAGACUUGAGAAGGCAAGAGGCUACCCACAAAGAGAACCAGGGGAGCCACGUGCCCUUCUCCUUUCCUGUUUUCCCAGUAGUCAGCGGCACUGUGAUGAGUUUCUCCCACUGUACACUCUUUCUAACAACCUGUUCCUCUCCUUCAUGGUACUUACUCCACUGUAACUCUGAAGUGACCUUUGUAAUGUCUGAUUCCAUGAAGGCAGGACAGUGUCUGUCUUGUUCAUCACUGAAUCCCUAAGGGCUAACACACAACAGGUGCACACCAAAUACUUGCUAAAUAAAUGAGUUUCUUCUUCAUCCAAGCACUGCUCUCCUGCCUCUCACUGCUCCUCCUGUGAGGGAUGGCAGGGCUCUUUCAAAACUAAAACAAAGGACCUACGGCCAGGAGAUGGACAAACCUGGAGGGGAGGCAGUACGAAGGGACAGAAGGGCAUCUGCGACUUGACAACAAGAUUGGGAAAAAUGGGACUCUACGCUUACACGCUUCUUCGUGGUCGCACAGCAGCCUACACAUCAAUGUGGUGCAUGCUGGGGGAUGCGGGAGUAGAUUUGGAAAAAAUAGAAAAUAUUAGUUGCAACUAUUCUAGGAACUCUCAUGGAAUAUAGAGAACCAGAUUUGAAAUCAGAGGACCUAGGCUUGACUGCUACUUCGUAGUUACUUUGCCUUAUGACCCUAGAAAUGUUACAUCAUCUUCCGGAGCUUCUUUUUCCCCUUAAAGAGAGAAAAAUAAUACUUGUCUUUUAAGAUUGGGAGAUUUAACGACAAACAUGAGAAUGCAUAACAGUCUAUGACAUAUAGCAGAUGCACAACAAUCCUUUAAAAGAAGGCAGCAGCCCACCGAGGUGCAAAGCUGAGCCCUGGUGGGAGAGGGGGCCUCCAGCCAGCAGCUUUGGGGCAGCCGCCUCGCUGCUCUCAUGCCCUUUGGCGACCUCAAUGCCCAGCGCCAUCAGCUGCAUUCCUGGCUGUCCAGUUCAAGGUUCUAGUUGCCACUUAAAGCUCUGCACACAGCCUUUUCAAGCUUGAGUCCAGAGGCAGAGUAAAUGACUCCACUUGUGAAGCAAUUCUCAGAGACAAUUUAGGGUCGUGCCCCAUGGACGCCUCCAAACAGCUAAGCCCCUCAUCUCAUCACUUAAGGUUUUGUGUUAACUGAAAAACCUGUCACUUUAAAACUUUCAUGUUUUCCAUCACACUCAAAGUCUGACACAAGAAACACCUCAUCUCCUAUCUCAAAACUCUGCCUACUGGUAUAAACACAAGUUCAGAUUCCUGCAUUAAGGACUCACCUUCACAAUCUUACAGCUCAUCACACACACACACAUACACACACACACGCCUGCCCUGCCCACCUGGAUCACUACCCUGGAAUAAAGAAGGUACAACCAAAGUAAGCACAGAAAUUAUUCAAGUUACAAGCAACUAAAAUAUACAUAUGUCUAUAUUAAAAAAUGUUCUCAGCUUCUGAAAU